AUGUAGGCAAUCCGUUUGAGGUUUCACAUUUCAGAAAACUUAACCGAGAGAGUAAGUGUACCGAAACGCGACGUCGUAUAACUUUUAUAUCUUAAUGACGAAACCUUUGUUAGUAGUCGUAGCCCUCGUUUGCCUUCACGGGUGGAAUGUAGCGUCGGCAAUGCCACAACAAUCAUUCAAGUCAUUCUGGCUUGAAGACACAACACUCAAUCAUGAGCCUGAUUACAGGAAUAACGCAUUGUGCACUGGGCAACCCGAUGGCUUUUACCCGGAUGAAGGAUGCACAGCGAAUUACUAUGCAUGCAUCGAACAGAUCUACUACCCGCAGGUUUGCCCGAACGGAGUCAUCUUCGAUCCGGCGCUUCUUAAGUGUGUAUCUCCUGACACAGCUUCGUGCAUAACCACUAUCCCUCCAACGACCACGACGACAAUAAAGCCUUUCAGCUGUCCAGCUGAUGGCUACUAUCCAGUUGCUGCGUGCAGUUCUAGCUAUUACAUAUGUAUAGGCACUGAUGUUUAUCCCCAGAUGUGCCCUGGAGGUGGUGUUUUUGAACCUUCAUUAUCGACCUGCGUCUCCGCGAGUACAGCCCCGUGCAAAGCCACAACAACGACGUCGACGACUACCACGACAACGACCACUACACUGACACCAUUUACCUGCACAGCCGAUGGAUUUUACGAAAUUGCUCCUUGCAUGCAGACGUAUUACAUUUGCGUUGGAGGAGUUGAAUAUCCAGAGUCCUGUCCAGGAACUGGUAUUUUUGUGGGACCGCCCACUUCUGCUUGCAAACGCCCAGAAGACACUACUUGUUUUUUGACAACUGAACUUCCAACGACGGAAGCCUUAACCACCGAGCCUACAACCACCGAGCCUACAACCACCGAGCCUACAACCACCGAGCCUACAACCACCGAGCCUACAACCACCGAGCCUACAACCACCGAGCCUACAACCACCGAGCCUACAACCACCGAGCCUACAACCACCGAGCCUACAACCACCGAGCCUACAACCACCGAGCCUACAACCACCGAGCCUACAACCACCGAGCCUACAACCACCGAGCCUACAACCACCGAGCCUACAACCACCGAGCCUACAACCACCGAGCCUACAACCACCGAGCCUACAACCACCGAGCCUACAACCACCGAGCCUACAACCACCGAGCCUACAACCACCGAGCCUACAACCACCGGGCCUCCAAUCACCCCACCUCCAACCACCGUGACUUCAACUCCAGCGGGCCCAACUCCAGCCUGUACCUGUCCAAAUGGUGUUAGCACAUGUUACCAACCUUUACGCCCAGAUAUUUGCAUACAAGAUUAUUAUACCUGCUUCAAUGGAAACUUAUAUCCUCAGAGUUGUUCCUACCCUAACGUAUUUGACCCCGUACUUAGUGGAUGCACAGGACCGAGUUACGCGUCGUGCUCUAAAACUACCACUGCUACGUCAUCGCCAUAGCUCCACUGUUUUCCAGUUUGAAGAAGCAGGACACUAAUCUGGAUUCUAUGCCUAGCUCGUGAUUGCGAAGGGCAAUUUGAAGGAUGUGGUCGGCCUCCUGAAAUUCCAUCUUUUACUAACAAUUUCGUUAACAAUGUAGUAAACAACAUCGUUAUACAGUAUUUAGAUUCAAAUAUUAUGCAGAAAUCGUAGUAAUACAGCACGAAACUGAGUACAAUGUUAUUUGGUCCGUAAAGUUCCGAUUGGUUUCCUGCGAUUACUCUACUGUCUGACCCAACUUAAUUUCCUUGGCAUUUGUGUAAAUAUAUUUACAUCCGUUCGUUUGAAA